AUGCUGUUUGCUUCGUUGAAUACUAAGAAUAUCAUGAUUGCUCGAGCAUUUGAUCCACAUUUUCCGUACAUUGACGUGAAGCGGGAGCAAUUGUACUUAGUGAAACGGAGUGAUGGCGACAGAGCAGAUGAAAAUUGGCCCCUGUUUUCUGUGCACAUUUUGGAUGAUAACUUGUUGGACUUCACUGAGCAGCGUCUCGACUCUGUCGAUGCUUCUCGGCCAUUGCUCAAACAAAGUUUGGCGAUUUCAUACUGUCACAAAUUUCAAGCAGUGUUUCGUGCAGUGAUAACGGCGUUAUAUGAUGCGGAAGUGGAAGUGCACUACAUUGAUUAUGGCAAUUAUGAGACAGUUGAGUAG